GCGAGCAGCCCAGUGAACUAGCGAAGGCUCUUAUGAGACCUAGCCUGGCAAUCAAUGGCAUGGCAGAAUGCUCGAGACCAAGUUCCCUUUGACCACAGUCCGUGCAGUGCGCGCAGCGACCACCGUUUCUCACCCUCUCCCUUCGGGGUGUGCGACGGCCCCGAAGAUCACCGCGCGCCGAUACAGCACGUUCCCUCGCGUGCACGAUACGCGAAUCCUCGAAAAUGAGACCGCGCGCGUGGCUCGCGCAAUGAACGGCUCAUAAUGAGCUGCGCAUUUCUAGCGGCGAUAAAUACCUAGAGCUAAUUAAUUACGUCGCGGGCGAGGUCCGUCAUUAAGUAACGUCGAUCGGCGAACGAAACCCCAGGGCGGGAUCUCGUUUUCGCGACCCGCAGCGCGACAUGCCGUUGUGACAUCGGUCAUCCGUGGUAAAUCGAACUAAGGAGGAGUCGGUCACACCGGGUGGACCAUGAACCAUGGAUACGCGACUCGAGAACGACGCGACCUCGGAAGAAAAACGUAAAGAAGAACGCGCUUAAGCCAUGGGUAGCGGAGGAGUUGGUGAAGUACCAACGAUAUUUCACCCUCGACGAUCGCGUACGUCGAAUAUAUCCUUCGUCGAAGAUCAGCAGACCCACGGUCCGUUCAUCACUCCCAUCCAGAUUGCGCUCCACGCUUCAGGAUGCGAGCAGCAACAGGGUUGCAGCGUCGUCGGCGGCGAUUCUGCGUCGAGUUGUCGCACCCUGGAAACCACCGGAAGUGUCGUAGGAGGCGGUGGCGGCGGCGGCGGCGAUAGCGGGAAUGUGCAAUCGACAGGCCAAACUCAAUCGUCGACCCAUGUAACCUCGGCUCCGGUAGUUCAGCAGUCGCAGCAACCGAGCUCAAUUUCGGCCUGCUUCGCUUCCUGCUGCGCGGAAAGCGCGAAGAAGAUAUAUUUCGGGGUGUGCGUGACGAUAUGCGUAACCGCGAGUUGGGUCGGAGCGACUCAUUGCAUCAAGUAUUUGUACUUUCAUGAACCAGACAAGAACUCGGAGACGUUCGAGUCCGCAAAUUCUUCCGUGAGCGGACUCCAUCAUCAACAUAUCAUUCAUCAUAAAGAAGGGUACGAUGCACCCUUCUUUACGACGUGGUUCUGCACCAACUGGGAAGUCUUGUACUUUCCGGUAUACUUCAUCUGUUGGGCUGCGAGAACCAAGUGCGCCACCCCUUCGGAGAUAAUCGCCGAGAGUCUCCGCGGUUUCCGCGAUAAAGGUUUCACUGGCGGUCGCUUCUUAAUCAGAUGCAGUCUUUUCUGCGGCCUAUGGGUCAUCACGAAUUACUUGUACAUACUAUCAUUAAAGAUACUGCUAGCCACAGACGUGAUGGCGUUAUUCGCAACCAACGUUUCAUGCGUCUACCUGCUCUCGUGGGUCAUUCUUCACGAACAAUUCGUGGGCGUGAGGAUAGUCGCGGUGAUUCUCUGUAAUACCGGUAUCGCGCUCUUAGCUUACAUGGAUGGCAUAACCGGAAGUCCGACGCUGGGGGGUGUUGUUUUAGCUACAGCAGCGGCAGCUGGCUCUGCCGUUUACAAAGUUCUCUUUAAGAAAGUAAUAGGAGAAACUACGUUCGGCCAAAUGUCUUUAUUUUUCUCCCUCAUCGGUUUGUGUAACGCUGCCCUGUUAUGGCCGAUUUGCCUGGCUCUGUACUUUUCCGGAGUAGAAACCAUACACUGGACAAAAUUACCGUGGGCAGCAUUACUCUCCGCUAGCAUCCUCCAUUUAGUUGCGAAUAUGCUCGGCAAUUUCAGCAUCGCAAUCACCUACGAUCUGUUCAUUACUCUUGGAUUAAUAACAGCUGUACCUGUAUCUGCUGCAUUGGACGUUAUUUUUUAUGGGGCGUACUUCAUGGGCAUGAAAUUAGCAGGCAUGAUCUUCAUAGCGGUGGGUUUCUUCCUCGUGAUGUUCCCGGAUAAUUGGCCAGAUUACAUAACAAGGCUCCUCCGAAACGUAGUCCUCAUGAGUCACAGUACAAGUAUCACGGGGGGCGGCCAGCAACGCGGCAGCAGGAAUAUCCUUAGGGGUCGCAGAACGUCUCUUCAGCAACGUCAGCACCGCCUGAGGAGCUACGGCGUUACGGCCGCGCACGGAGAUGGUCAGACGCUGCUGCCGAUGAGCAACAACAACAACAACAACAAUAGCAGCAGCAACAAUCAGCCCGCCACACUUCGAUAUGUUAACAACAACCCUCAACAAUACAGCUCGAUCUCCGAAACCCAAUCACGCCGUGUCCUUCCUUCUACCUCGACCUCCAUCACCUCGACCUCGACCUCGACCACCACCACCGUCGUCAGCAACAGCUAUUCGCAUGAUCCUCGUAAUCAACAGCAAGGUGGAGCAGGAGACACAGACACGGCAUGUCAGAUGGAUCGUCACGCGACGCGAUCGAUUAUCGAACCGGGUACAUAAAAUCGCACCUACGCUCGCCCUCGGGUAGGGUUCGGUGACUAAACACAUGGAAAAUCGAAGCAAUAACUAAGAUAUUAUGGCAGAGCUAUAUAAGCCUCGUACGUUGGCAGUGGCUCAGUGGCCAGAGUUGUUGUCGAUGUAUAAAUACAAUUUCGACCAUGAAAUAGGUUUACUCUAGUACUUCAGUACUUUUAAAUCUACUGAAUCCUUAGAGCUACCUUGAAAAGUAUAUUAAUGGUAUACCGUUCCAUCAACAUUAAAAAUAAGUAAAAAAUCAGAUUACAAAGUACAGAUAAAAAAAAGUCUGUAUUCUAAAACAAAUACUUUCUGAUCGAAUACUUACUUAAUUUAUUUAAAAUAUUUUAUUUAAACAUCUGAAUAAUUGAGAAAUCUGCAGUUGGAACUGCAAAAUGUGAAAAAGAAUUGGUUUAAAUUGUAUAAAAAAGUUUUUAAAGAGCUCAUUAAAGAAAUAUCUUCCAAAAAAAUAUAUUAACAAAAAAUUAAUAUAGUUGAUAUUUUCUCUUAUUAUUGAUGUUUUCUAUUCUUUUGCCACAAUUAUCGUUUCCUAACAAGCUACAAUCAAAGUAUUUAUAUAUUGGAUCUAGGUGCACCGGAGAUAUCUCUGUGGUACCCAUGGUCUUGACGUACAUAUUAUCGAUGUAUGUUUGUGUGAUAAACGUAGCUCAAUUUAGUAUGAAAAUAAUUUCGAAUCGAUAAUAAUCAGUCGGCUAUGUAAAACUUGUCUAGGUGUAUUCCAUUACAGAGAGGCUCGCAAGGAAAUUUGCUAUUAUGCAUUAAAAAUAAAAAUGUCUUGACUAAAUCGCUAAAAUAUUGAUAAAUCUUAUAGCAUGCUAUCAGAUGGGCAAAAACUUCGAACUCAACAAGAUUUGUCAAUUUCAAAUACAUUUUUAAAUAAACCAUGGAAAAUAUGUUAGAAAUAAUAUUUGAAUCAAGAUCUUCAGUCAACAGUUUCAUUCAUGUCACAUAUUCGAUAUAUUCAUUGUUAGUGAAAGUUACAAACAGUUAUGAAUAAUAUAUAAAGACAAUCAAAAAUAGUAAAUUAGCUCUAAAUACCAUUUUUCGUCUCUGAAGAUAUUGUUGGUUCGUAUAUAAAUGUUAUUUGUAGCAAAUGUAUCAUGACAAAAAUUAUUGAUACGAUGUUUUACAGCAUUUGCAAAUUGCAAAUGGCUUCUAUAGUGAUAUUCUUGUCCCACGGAAUUAGUAUAAUAUUACAGGGUUAAUAGUUUUAUUUCUAAUCUAAGUCCUUCUUAUCACAUAAUGUUACAACGGUGUCGGAAAUUUGUGAUGACUAUAUAGUUUAUAAAAUGAAAGAUAUUUAAUACGCCAGAAUACUCGGUAGAAUACUCGUGACAGCUCAAUUUACGAUAUAUUAUACAUAUAUCUACAUCGUUCCCGUGUUACAUUAAAUUUCACAAAUAAAGUUAGCGAAUAACAUUAACGAAAUUUGGGAAUUAUUAAGAUUCGUGAUCAGCUGAGAAUGAUGGUUUAUGAUGAAACUAUAAGAGUGUUUCGUCGAAUUCGAAUAAAAAUAUAUGUAUACAUAAACUUCUAGAAACAAAUUAAGUCUUAAAUACAUUGAGUCGUAAAUAUAUUUUUAUAAGUGUCACAUAUAAUAUUUUUCAUAGAAUUAUUUUAUGUCGAUUAUAUUAUUAUUUUUCAUGAAUUUAUCUACACUAAUAAAUAAUUAUCUCUGUUUGUGUUACUAGAUACAAAUUUUGUGUACAUAAUUAUAACAGAUUAUCUACAAAUUUUGCAAUUAAUUCCAAUAUUUUAAUUAAGAAUGUACGCCGGCGGAAUGUAUGUCGACAGAUUUAUUUAAUUUGUACAUAUAUAUUGUCAAUUACACAAAAGUUAACACACGUACGUCGGUUGUAAUCGCAAUAAUUAUAAUAUUUAUCGUGAAACUAUAUUGUAAUAGAGAUUCUAGUUUAACGUUGAUACACGGAGAAUAUUAUGAAAAUAUUGUGUAAAUAUUGAACGAAUGUGAUUGUCAAUAAUAAAUCUAGUUUAGUAAGAA